CACGGCGCUGCCUCAUCUCUAUAGCAACGGGGGCACCUAGGAAUAGACCCGUAACGUAACGUACAGUAAUUACUUUUUGAACACCAAAAAAGUCACUUGUUAUUUUUAUUAUUAUUAUUAUGUUAUCAAUGUUUGUAUUACUUUUACAAAAAAGAAAAGUUUGUUUUUUUAAAGAAAAACACAAAUUCUUUCUAUGGUAUCAGAAGAGGUAAUUCAAAGAAUCAUACUUAAUCACAAGAUAUUGUAGGGCCUAUUGAUUGCUUGUAAGUGUUACAUUUAGAGCAUUCAACCAGAGACAAGUCCUUCGGUAGUUUUAUAAUGUGGGACGUCCUUCGGCGCGGCGGAGUGAGGGGGCGGAGUGAUCUGCACGGUUUAUCCUGGUGACGCAGUUGGUUGCUAGGUGUGAAUGAACUGAUGCUUUGUCACAAUUAAGCCUCUCCUCAGUUUACAGGUCGACCACAACAAAGCAGCAUCUCGUUCUUUUUACGCCGCCCUGGAUAUCCCGAGCUAAAACAUGGCUCUUUGAUUUAACCAAGUUGUUGGACCCGAGAAGAAGUCGUGCUUUGCUUUAGCAACGCACCCCCAAGAGCUCUACAAUUUUUUCUGCAAGAAUGGAGUUUCAUUAUGCUCACCCAGCCCUGCUCUCUGUGGCCCAUCUGUCAGACCCCGCUCGCUCCCAGCAUAUGCUUGGACUUGGACUGAAUCAAAGCACCAACAGACAAAAUGAUGGCAACAUCAGCUCCUGUUUGGAAGACUCUUCGUGUCUGCCCGGCAGACCCCCUCGCUCUCUCUCACCCACAGGCUAACCACAGCCAAUCACAGGGGUGCAGGGGGGAGGUGUCAGAGGAGAGUCAGCACUUAAUUGGUGAGUUGCAGCGAGUGCGCUUUUUUAUAUUUUUCCCCAUUUCAGGUGGGCUCGGCACUGCAGCACAUUCGUCCUUCUUGAACAGUGAUGGUCUCACUGACUGGAUGACGGAAGAAGUGGAUUUCUCCUCUUACCUCCCAAACCCUCCUUCCCCUCCCUCCUCCACCAAUGCGUCCCUUCCCCCUUCACCCCUUCAGAAUGAUAUCCAGGUGCCCUCUGACUUGGAGGUCAUGACCUCUCUGCUGCAAGAGGAAUUGGCCCAACUAGAGGACUACUUCCUGUCUGAACCACUGCCAGAGAAAGGGCCGAGGCUCGGAAAAUGCGACAGGGGUCCACUGCCAGUGGGUCCUCAGCCAUUCAGUCAGCUGCCAUACGCAUCAUACUCCACAUCCAACCAAUCGGAGUCCAGCCCACUUCUUGUUACCUUGGCAACCGGAGAACUGGACCUGCUGAGUAUCUGUGGCGGGCCCAUUGGGCGAUCCAAAAUUCCAAGACACGCCCCGUACAGCUGCAGUCGCCCCAGUGGGUGUGCUAGGAAAAGAGUUCCUGAUGGUGUGAGGUUCAGUGAAGGCUUUGACAACAGUUUGUUGAGUUCCAAAGGAAGUAACUCAGGUAACUCAGCUGUGACCCUUACGGGUAAUUAUAGCUGCGUAGAGGACGAGCAGCUGGUAGGGAAAAGCUACUGCCCAGGUAGUGCAGUCGAGGUUAGACGAUGUGCCGUUUUACCCAAAGAAGAGAAAAACUGCUGUUUCACUCAAGAUGUGAUUGCCGGUGCAAAAGUUGGUGGUGGUGGAUUUGGCUUUGGUGGAUCGCUUGAGGUCCCACAUAAGAAAGAGGAUCUGUUGAUGUAUAGCAUGAGGGAGGUUAGCGGAGGCACUAGUAACAACGAGGUGCUCAAUAGCAUCAAAGCUAGUGUGGAGGUGACAAAAGCCACCGUUUCUUGGAAAUCUGAAAGCAGUGAAGGUUGUUAUCUCCCAGCGACGCCGCAAUCUGAGGCCUAUCAUGGCUUCUUAGGCAACAUCAACGAACAGCUGAAAUCAGAGAGUCUGCAGAUAGGUCAGCAUGAUUUACACUGUAACUUUCUUGGGGAUCAGGGCCCAGAGUGUCUUUUAAUGGCUAGGGAGAGUCUGAACUUGGAGACGUCAGGUCACAUACAAGCGUGCCGUCUGAAAGAAGACCACUGUGCUGUGAAAUACGAAGUGGACAUCAUUCCAGUUGAAGGCGGGGAGCGCAAACAGAAGAAGAGAGAUCAGAACAAAACUGCCGCUCAUAGAUAUCGCCAACGAAAAAGGGCGGAGCUAGAUUCUUUGGAAGAACAACUACACUGCCUUGAAGGAAGAAACCGAGAGUUGCGGGAUAAAGCAGAGUCCGUAGAACGUGAAAUCCAGUACGUCAAAGACCUGCUGAUUGAAGUUUACAAGGCCCGCAGCCAAAGACUCAAGCAGGACCCAACAGCCUAAGACCAUGCUCCUGCAAGUACACGGAAACAGAGCCUGACAGGGAAAAUGUGGAGCUCUGUGUGUCUUUGAGUUUGUCCAGACUUGAAUGUUUAAUUAUUAUGAUCAUUAUUUAUUUAUUUUUGCUUUCAAGGUGAGGGGGCAAACGCAUGCUUGGCUAAUGUGAAUUAUUUUCUAGAUUUUAAAUCAGCACCCUAUUCCAAUGCUUCCAUUGCUUUCGCACUCGAAUCACUUGAGCCUGCACUGUGGCAUUGCAAUGCUUUAAAUGACAAUCAUUUUUAAUAGAUCUCGUGAAUCUGCUAAUUGAAAUAGGAUUUUUUCUGAAGAGGUAAUGUUGAUCAUUAUGCAGGUUUUAUAUUUUUAAUAGCCUUACAUUGAAAUUGAUGUCAGCAAUACAAUCUGUGUUGGUUUUUAUUUAUUUUAAUUUUUCAUUCGCAAUUACUGUAUUGUCAUUUUCAGUAGUUGGAAUAGUUAAAUAUGUCGUUGGUGUCAACAUUUCGAUUUCACAUCAAGUACUUAUCUAAAAUAAUUUCUAGCCUUUCCGCAACAGACAAUACAUUUCAGUCGGUAUGAAUAUUUUAAAAUAUUAGCGCUGCUGUUGAAUAUGUAUUGAGUUAUACAAGCACAGACACAGACGCUAAUAUGCAUCAGAGGAAAAAACACUCAACAGCUUUAGAAUUAAUUUUUUUUUUCAUUGUUUUAUUGUUGUCACUAUUUUCGUUUUUUUUUUUUUGACAAAUUAUCUCGACAUUUCGACUGACUUCAGGUUUAGUGCAGCGCUAAAAUACUCCUCAGUAAAGACCAUUUGAACGUUUUAAUUGAUUUUACCCUGCUGUUUAAAUUUUCACAACUUGUAACUUCUAUUGUAACAAAUCAAGCAAUUGCUAUUUUUUUCUUUAAUGGCUGCAAAUCGUGUCCAAAAGAUACAUCAUGUGACCAAAAGAGAACUCAUUUAUCAUAUUGUGUUGUUGAAGUGAAACAGUGUCCUUCUUUUCUAUAUUGCAGUUAUACAAUCUGUGUGGCAGCUCAGGAUAUUCAGUUUAUCCUCCAGUCCUACAAACAUCCAUAGGCAGUUUGUGGAGAUUACAGACUUUACGUGGCAGACGUCUGACACACAGGUUUUCCCAAUGUAAAAUCUGGCUUUUCAAUAUGUACAAAUAUUGUAACUAUAGUGGCCCUUAGCAGCCUCUCUCUGCAUGCCUUUGCAUAAAUGUACUCUCUGGAAUAGAAAACUUAGAGUUUCAGAAAUAAGUCGGAGAUUCUUUCUCUAAACUGCUUGUUAAGGCAAUAAGUUUUUUAGGCCUCUGGCUGAUCUGCACUAAUUUGUAACAACUUUUAUAUGUUCAGGGAGUGGAGUGUGUUAACCUUUUCUUUCUAGAAAAAAAAGUUCUCAUUAGAUUAUUUGUUCAUGCUCUUGCAGCUGUGGUGUAAGAAAGAGGGUAGUGUCUAAAAUCAUUAGUUGUUAUUCUAAGCAAAUAAUCACUGUUACUGUUCUAUACCAAGGAUAGUUUUUUCUAUGCAUAUUUAUUUUAAGACAAUCUUGAAUAUAAGCGCCGAUGGUUUGUGAUCAUUUAUUUAUUCAUAGCGUUUAUUUGCAUUUUUGGCUAGAAAUUCAUGUCAUGUGGUUGAAGCCCUGCGGUGUACUAUCAAAAAAAGGAUUGUUAAAACCAAAACUGUGUAGGCCUACUGUCAGUCCAUUAUACCGCGAUGUAAUUUCAAGUUGAUUAAUUACAGGCUUGUUUCCUUUGUCUGAUGUCAAUUUUUUGUCCUCGAAGAAAAUAAAGAAAGCGUCAUCAACUUUC